AGCUAGUUUGAAAAUGAACAAGAGAAAAAUUGAGCUGCAGAGAGGAGAAAGAAUGGAGGACAAGAAGUGCAGAUCCUGAGGAAGAGGGACACGAAGGGGGUUUGGCUGAGGGGAAACUAGAGCAGAGCAUGCUGAGGGAGUGACAAAGAGAGAGAGAGAGACUGAGAAAGAGAUCAAGUGAGAGAGAGUAUGUCAGGCGCUAGACUGCGUAUAAACAUGUUAAAUCUGAGGGCAAAACCCUGCGUCUUUACCCACUUCCUCUCCUAAGUUUUAAAAUAAAAAAAUAAACAUCUUAAAGAAAAAAGCUCUGUUAGCUUCUCAGGGCAAAUAAAAAACUCAACUGUUUCACAUGUAAAACUCCUUUGAACAUCUGUCUUAACUUCCUGUAAUGUGGUAAUCAAGUCACAAGCACUCUCUCUGUUUCUACUGUGUGUGUGUGUGAAUAGCUUAUCGGCCUCUGCGGCUGGUCUGAGUUACAGCGAGUAAACAAAUGUCAUCAAUAGUUUGCUCCACUAAACACUGAAAACAAUAUUAAUACAAAAUCAAACACCAUGUGCCUGCCACAGUGUUUUGUACAUAUACUCCUGAUUUCAUGUAGGCAGGAAGUAAAGCACAUCUUUACAAGGCCAGACAGCUCAUGUGUGAGGCAACGGGCUGUUUGUGUGUGGUGAGAGACUCGGAUAGGAAGGUGUCGCGUCACCAGCGAGGUCAGGACAGGGCAGGGUCGGACCAAGAGGGCGAGAGGAGAUAAGAGAGCCACUUCAUUUCAGGGACGGUGUCUUCAUCCGGUCGUGGCCGGGCUGGGCCCGAGGCCAAGGGGUUGUGUGUUGAGAUCCAAGAUGGCUGCACUGACAGGGAGGCUUUACAGAAUAUGGGAAAAGACUUCUGGGCUGAAGGUUUUUAUGCAGCAAGAACCGCUUCAUUUUUGUAUGAUCAGUGCAUUCAGGUUGUAUUAAAACAAUUUUAGUGGAUGUUUCUUGUUGUGACUUUAUUCCCUUCAGGUUCUGGGUCGUUUUCGGUGGACCGUCACCUGUAGGAAAACUCUCCCUGCUCACAUGUUCGACAUUGUGCAGCUUCAGAAUGACUGAUUACCACAGGCCUGAGAUAGGACAAGGUCAGGGUCAGGUAGCAUUCCAGUGGAAGAGGAAGCUGCUCUUUAACGAAAACGACAGGUGGAUUGAUUGGGACUCGGAGGUCUUAGGCCAAAAUUUUCCAAAGAGCACAGACACACUUUUAAUCAUUAUUAGCAUAUAAAGGUUGCUGCUGCUGUUUCCCUAACCCUAACCCCUUCACCCCCACACACAGAAAAUUACAUGUGAAUAGUUCCGUCUUCAGUCCUGAUGUCUGUUUCAUCAAAUCUAUGUUGCUUACUGAGUUCAUGUUUGUGGGUACUUGCAUGUGGGCACCUGCAUGUGUGUUCAGAAAGAGACAGCAUGUUAUGCCACAGACACCAAGAGGCACAGCUUGGUUGCUUGGCUCUAGCGCCUCUCUAUUUAUGUUCAUGUUUGUGUGUGUGUGUGUGUGUGUGUAUGCGUGCGUGUACUUCUGUGUAUCAUGGUGGUGGUGAUGUAUCGCUGCAACAAAUAUAUCUGCGGUCCAGUGUACAUAUUUUGGUAUGUUUGCAUCUCUGAACGCAAUUUGAUCCCUGGGUGUCUCUUUCUUUCUCUCUUGUUUGUGGUGGAAAGCCGAUCCCCUUGGGUGAGUUGGCUCCAAAGUCAUAUGACUGAGGAUAUGCCAACUAAAUAUUCAAAUGUGUGUGUGUUGAAAUCACAGAUUGCACUUCCCACCAUAGGAAGUUGUCUGAGGUUUUUAUACAAGUUGUUGUAUGUAUAUUGAGUGCUACGAGCAGGGUUGGAAGGGUGCGGUUGUCCUUCCAUCCCCAACAGGAUUAAGGAGGCUGACCCACACACUGGCCACUUCCCAUGUCUGUGAGGGAUCAAACAGCCCCAUAUGUCUUGCUUCUGUGUUGUUCACACGCAGUGCAUCUCUAAUGUCUGUCCACCUGCCUUAAGUGAUAACUCACAUCCCAUUACAUACACUAUACUGUCAUUAAUUGAAUUAACAAACCCCAAUUCAAACCCUCAGCAACAUCAGUGACUGGCUGUGCUCGGGUGAGAGCGGGAGAGUUUGUUAACAGUUCCAUUUUCUUGUUUGUCAGACGGAGAGAAAGAGAGUUGCCACUGCAUGCGUAAUGCCACGUAGACGUUUGCCCUCAUGUCAUUUUAGCACUGCUUGCCGGUGUUACUGGGAAACUUGUAAAUGUGAUCAAGAACAAUAGUUAAGUGUUCUCGUUCAGUUUUCUGUAACCUUGGGUGUGGUUUGCCACCUAAUUGCUUUCAUUGUACCCAGAAGUCUUUGUACAUUUUCCUCUUACACCGCUCCUUACUCUGCCUUCAUCGCAUGCAUCCAAAAAUCUCCCAACACACCCAGACUCAUACACACAGACACAAUACGAAAAACCCAAUGACUCACAUGCAGGACCACAUUUGGAAACACAAAUAGACAUAAACACAUUGACACAUGCAUAUGCUCUCUGCCUGUCUCUAGUAAUUACGAACUUAAGGCUUUUAACUAAUCUGUGGUGCGAGGAACGCCCAAGGGUGCCAUUCCUGCUUAUCAGGGUCAGACCAGUUUCAAUGUUGGCCAAGGCACUCAUGAAACCACAGGAUUUUAAUCGGUAAUUGUGUUCUUGUUCGUGUGAUUAUACCUGUCCACGAGUAAAGGUGUUUCCUUUCAAAUCUAUAUAUGUUUUUUGUUCUUUGUGAUUGUAAUCACAAUGAACCGCAUGCCAUUCGAUCGAGGGCUGCCCAUUUGUUUUGCGGUUUAGGAGGCUGAUGCAACCUGACUGACACUCUCUGUCUCUCUCUCUCUCUCUCUCUGUCUCUCUGUCUCUCUCUCUCUCUCUCUCUCUCUCUCUCUGUCUCUCUGUCUCUCUCUCUCUCUCUCACACACACACCAGAAUGGACGAAUCAGAUUUACUUAUGUUCUGUCAUCAUCCUAGUCAGUGUUUGUCUGACUCCCGUCUCUGUGGUUUGCUCUCUAUAAAAAUCUGAAAUCGACUCGCCAUAAUUUAUGUGGUUUUGCGAGCCAGUUUCAGCUUGGAUCUAUUUGUAAUCAUCGCAUACUUCAGGAACCUUUUCCUGAAUUAAAACAAAUCGAGAGGGAAAAAAAAUCAUAAAACUUAAAAGUCAAGUUGUUGCUUUUUUUUCGAUAAAUGAGAGAGUAGUAUAAAGCAUGAUGAUAUGUAAAUCAUUAUAUAUAUAUCGUGAGUUAUAGCUUGUAGAUCUGUAUAGAUAGUCUAUUACUUUGUAAAGUUUUUCUCUCUCUGUUUCUCACAAGAAUACGUCACUCUCAUUUCAACAUAAAUAUUUAAUCAAAAUCAUCAAUAUCAUUCCUAUUUUAUAUCCUGUGCUUCUUAAUACCGAUGCAUUUUGCAACAGAGGUCCUGUUAUAAAUAAUUAUUGACUUCCUGAGUGUUGUUAUGCUGCUCCAUAAUAGCUGUUAUGGUUUUUCCCCUCACCGUAAUGAUCAAUAAUACAGUAGGGACAUACUGUUUAUCUAAACUAAAUGGUUAAAAGCCAUGUAUAAUUGUUUAGGACAUUUUGAGAUAAGUAAAUUACAUUUUGCACAUCCUAGUGUGUCUGAUCUGAACAUUUCUCUGGUCUGAAGUACCUCUGUUCACAAGUGGUUUGGAUUAGCUGGGAUCAACAGUUAUGCACAAAGAGCUUCCACCCCAAUGCCCCUUGCCCUUAUUCAUAUGAUUAAAGCCCCAUGUGGCAGUGCUGCAGCUUUGCAAUGAAUGACAUGUGGUCGCAGAGCGAGGUGACUAUUGUAUGCCGGUUGUAUCAACAAAGCGCAGCAGUGCGGAAACAACCGGACACCAGUAUAGAUUUUUCCAUCACGCUAUUUUAGGAUGCAGACUGUGCAUAGUGUAUCAGUUGUGUGUCAGCAUCUGUGUGCAUGCAUCUGCCAUCUUGUUUAACGAUAUUCCCGCAGUUGGAGUUGCAUGUUGAACUCCAUUAUGAUUCAAGCAGUGUGUAGGGUAUUCCACUGCUGUCAGGUGAAAAUCAUAUCUCUAUAUUUGGUGAUUUUUGUGGCCAGCUGAAGGAUUACAUAGCUCUUCUUAGCCAAAAAGCUUUGACCUCUGAGGGUUACAAAACCCACUCAAACUUUCUCAAAGCGCCGUUGGAUGAAGUCAAACCUGCAUUUCCAUUGAGAUAAAUAUGUUGCUGUUUAGCUCUGUCUGUGAGAUGCAAGGUUCAACACACAACAGGUUCGUUUUUGUUUGUGCAAGUGCGAUACAAUAUGAGGAACUCUAACUAACAGAAUGGAUAAACAACAUGCAGGGUAUUUGAACUAAGCACAACAAAGGACCUUCCUGUUAUGCCUCAGCUCUCUGUAAUGUGGUUUAUUUGUCUGUGACUCAGUCUGUCUGUGAUUUUUGCUUUUUACACUCCUGUUCUUUGCCUCCCCUCCGUUUCCUCCUCUCUAUUUCUGUAUCUGUGAGCAACAGUGUGUUUUAAAUAGAGGCACACUGAGACUGUUUUUCUUAGCCUGAUACCAAUAUACUGUAGAUAUUUAGGAUUCGUUAUGUUAAAAAAGGACAACAUAUUGGUAGAUAUCAAACUUUUACAUUAACACUCAUCCUUGACAUUUGGUUAAUAUGUGGAAAUGUAUUGUGUUAGAUCAUUUACAGUUAAAUAAACUCACCAAACAGAUAUAACAGUUACACAAUACUAUUUAAUUUUCAUAUCUGGCAACAAACGGUAUUCGGCUAUACUGAUAUACUGUAUCUUUGAUAAGCCAGUAUUAGCUGAAAGCAGCAUGUAGUAUUCAAGCUGUAGUUGUUACAGCUUAAAGAGCUGUGGUUCUCCACUGUUCUCUGAUUUCUUCUUUAUUUCUUAUGGAUUACUGGAUACUUGUAUCUCCUUAAGAGUCUAAAAGUUAUUCAAAUAAAACUAUGAAAAUAAAUCCAUCUUUAGUUUAACUGGUUGCCACUGGUGGACAUAUGCAACGUGAUGAGAGGUCUCAGUUACUUUGCUUCAUUUUAACGGGUCACAAGCCAAAAAGGCCGGGAACCUAUACAGUACUUUGCAGAGUGUGCUGGGUUGAUGUACUGUGUGCAGUGUAAUCUCUGCUUCCAUGUGCCAGACUGAAGUCCAGAGGUAUUUGGCUUGGCUUCAGUUUGUGUUUGAUCAGGCUGUUUCUGGAAUAGUGACUGACCUGUGCCGAGGUCAAAUACAUCUCUUUCCUCACAACAUUUGCCUUUUUCCUCUGCUCCUGCCCUUCCCCCUGGUUACUGUCACAUUGGUCAGCACUUUGCACAAUUUCAUUCCACUACAUUCAAGAACUAGAAAUAUACCAAUUUUGCUGCCCAUGUAUUUUAAUGCAUUACCAGAUGAUUGCAACUUAAACAACCAAAGAAGAUUUUUCUUUUUCUCCCCUAUGCUUCAGAGGACUGAAAGCUCCAUUUGCUUCUUGUCCUGUUUGUUGUCUGAUCUCAACCUCAGUCCAAAGUUUACUCUGAUACAUCCUCACCAGAGUGUGAGUGUCGGCAGAGCUGUCUGAGGUUCAGAGAGGUUACCAACAUUCCCAACAUCCCCACAGGUAGCAGCAAGGUGUCAAAUUUACUUAGAUUGCAAGUAUUGUUGGAAAAACCUCCUGGCACAUGACAAAUUACAGGACUUGGUUGUUUACCACCCAUUGAUCUGCCAUUAAGGGGCUGGCCAAUAAUGCUCGUAAAUGUAUCUAGAACACGAUGUAACCCAUCACAGUAACCCAUCUGAAACAGAAUGAAGGCAGAUGUUGCCUGCUGGGUCAGUUGAGUCAUACUUUCCCCUAACACUAUCAGAUACUAGCACAACAAUCAGAAAUUUGAGAUAUAUCCUGUAUUUGGCUUAUUCCCUAUUUCCUGCAAAUACAUGGCCAAAGUUAUGUGGUGACUGUUACACAACGACUAUUAACAGUGGGGUUUAAUGGUAAGUUGUUUUUUAGCUGCCUAACAGGUCAUCAGUAAACACCAGGCUUUAGUCUCAGUACUUUCAGUAUCUUCAAUAAAAGAGAACAGGGUUUCAUUCUGGAUAUUUCAUACUGGCAUUGAACUGUUAUUCAGAAAAAGAAAAAAGAUAUACUGUAUAUAUUGAAUAGGAAUCAUAUAUUUAGGCAAAUGCCACAAUAGGCCAUACUAAAGUAAACACCAGAAGAGUUGAAUGCAAAAAAGUGCGACACAUACAUCAUUUUUUGUUAAGGUUUACAUGUGGGGUUUCAUCUUUUACAUUUGUUAAAAAGUAUUUCUAAAAACUCAUCCAAUUACAUUUACCGAGCUAUCUCCAUAUCAACGAGCUCCAGGAACGAAAUAUCCCAUUUAAGGCACUUUGCAGGUCGACCAUGAUAAGCUCCACUCUUAUCCCUGCUGAUGGAUUAACUAAAGGACAAAUUAAAAAAUGGCUAGGGAAUAUAUCUGGUGGAUUAAGUCAAUUUCAAAACUGACAUUGAACCCAUGUCGUGUCUGGGGAGUAAGUGUUAUAAAUCGAAUCAGACGUGGCAUAGAGAAGAUGUUCAGAGGAUUACACUUGUUAAAGGCAGGAUGUAGCAAAGAGGUUUGACAUGGUUAUGACCUUAGAGAGUCAGAUACAAGCAGGUACCAAUCCUUCUCUAUUUCUCAGAAUUUAGUGCUGUGCUUUGUCUUUCUGUCAUUUGGUGUGUAGUCCAACAUCUCUAAGGAAAGUGUGGACGGAUACUGAAUAGAUAACUAGGGGAUGUACUACAUUUGUUUACAGGUGCAUUGUCAGUAUUGCUAUUUAAUUUAUAAAUAUUGGUAUUUAAAUGCACCCCAUGGGUAACAUUAUACCAAACUGCAUACUGAUGGUAGCAUCUCACAUUUUUCAUAGUUUUAGACCAGGGCCACUGGUCUGCCAACAAGAUCACAUCAGACUUUCUAUAGUUGUAGUUAUAUGUCUUCUCCUGCAGUCCAUGUCUUUAUGGCCUGCUGAAGUCUGUUCCCUUGCUAACCUAAUUUGUGUCCUAGUCUUCCUACUCUCCUAGCUUUAGCACGUGUCCUAUUUCCACCUCCUUCCUGAUCUCCAUCCCCAUUUCCACAUCUGUCUCCGCCUCAUUCCUCGACCUGAUUCUCAUACCUCACCUUGACGUCAUUCCAAACCAGACCCUUGACCUAAGCACAGCUGAUCUUCAUCCCUAUCAUGCCUUCAGUCCUGCGCAGCCAGUGAAUCCACCAAGGAGAUUCUGAACCUACUGGCUCAGCAUGCACUUCCCAAGUUAAUUAAAGUGAUCUUUCACUUUGGUGGACUUUUAGCUACACCAUUUAGUGCCUCUUUAUGUCAACCGCCACUGCGAUCGUUACAGAAUCUGUGCAUCAUUAUAUUGAUCUUUGAAUCUUCACUCUCCAUUUGCUUGCAAUUCUGAGGAACCUAUUUUAGUGUCAAAUCCAUACAUCUAAUACACAAGAUACAGCAUUAGCUGUGCUUAAACAGGACACUACUUCUCCCAAACAAAAAGGCAACACUUCAGGUUUUAAAGUCAUGUUUGGAUUCAAAUCUGCUAAUUUUCCAGCAAAGUGAACUAUCACUUUAAGAGUUUGGACCAGCGGCUGAAGAGAGCCUUAAUAAGAUUAGCCCUGCCACUUGACAGCCACAGUUUAAGAGGCACCUCGACUGACCCCUGUGCCUCCAUCCAGCACAGAGUGUGCAUUUGUAUUUGCUUAAGCGUGUCUAUAUUACAACAAUUGUGUUUGUUAGUGGGGGAGCCUGUUUAUGCCUGCAUGUUUGAUUUACCGUUAAAAACCAAGAGUCAGUCAAGUCAUGAAUAUUUUGUGUGUCUGUACAUCCAUUUGGGGAUAGAAAAACAAGCAAGACAUGCCUGUACAACCUCAAUCCCCUCAGGUCAGAAUGCAGACAGUAUAUCAUGCCUGUGCUAUGCCAAGUUUGUCUUUAUCAUGGAGGAUUUACGCCACUCAAGAAUUUAGAGCAUCCACUCAACCCUUCAGCCUCUCAAAAAACCCCUGUACAUCUUGUUUAUCACCAGGCACUCUCAUGUUUUAGGCCCUGGUUUAGGAUGAAACAGGCUAUAAAUUACAGGCAAGGAUUCUAAACCAACAAGAAAAUAAUUUGUCAAACAAAAGGCCCACAGAGGCUUACAAGUCUUGCCUAAUUAGCACUCAGAGAUGUUUUAACCAUGGUGCUGGAGGCCAUGCCAAGGAAACCACAGCCACAAAAAAAGCUGAGUUAACAUGGCAUGGGUAUUGUAUGCAUUGAUGGUGGCAGAUGUGCUGUGGGUGGUUGUGUGUGCCAGAUGCCACAUGACUCUAAAUGGAGUCUGAGGGCAGUUAGCAAGGGACAGUGAGGCACUCACAGUAAAAAUUUAAGUUGGCAUUAAUAUCAUAAUCAGAGGUCUGUUUAUUCUCAGACAGAACCACCACCACCACCACCAACCACACCAUACUCUCUCAGCAGUGCUGCCUUUCUCCUUCACUCAUCCCGCCCUCCAUCCUUUCCUUCUGGUUAGCUAUUCCCAGCUCUAUCCAGCCUUUGCCCCAGGACCUCAAGCCACUUUAAAUUCCCGACAUAUUCCACUAUCCUGGCCCAUCAUCACCAGCACACACUUGACCUGAUCGUACAUCGGUAUUAUAGUCAGUAAACGGGGUGAAAUACCUAAUGACAAGUGUGUCAACAGAAAGUGUUAUAACUUUAUCUCACUGUUUGGGAUACAGGAGUUCUUGGGCACAGUUUAAUAGCUCAUAAAUCGUUAUCACAGACUUUUUCUUUGAAUCCAUGAUUGGUUUUAAGGGCACAGGUCAUUCAGUAUUACUUCUCCCUGUACAGGGUGCACACCUCAAACACACGUUUUUAUAAAAUGCUGCCCAGUUUGUGGAAAAUGUAAUUGCUUGAUUUGGUCAUUAGAUACAAAUAAUUAUAGAUAUAUAUUUGUGAAUUUUGAAAUUCAAAUUUGGUCAGUUGGUUGAGUUUGAAAUUGGACAGUAGUUUGGUGUCUGUGGUACUCGUAAAGAAUGCAGAAAUGAAAGCAAUACCAACAAAACACGAGAGCUAAUUAAAAAUGGUAUAAAACGAUUUUCAAGAUAGAUUUGUUUUUACAAGGCAUAGCAUUGAAGAGUGAAUACAUUCAUUAGCUCCUGACUAAUGCACUGAAACCGUUUACUCUAUUGUAGUGUUUUUUCUUUUUCUCUUGUAAGCAAUGGAGUGAUAUGUCUUCAUUAGGAUAUAAUGAGGCAACAACAGCUGGUCAUAAACAUGGAGUUUUCCAGUUGACUGUAGAUAAGACAAUCUGCUGAUAACUUAGUAAGUAAACAACAACCAGCAUCUCUCUUGCACUCUGUCUGUCUGUCUCUUCCUCUACUUUCUCCCAGGCCUUAUCUAGCGUUGAAUGUUUUUCACUUUAACUCACACUGUGCUAACAUGCCCACCACCCAUCGCCACAUAAGCCGGCUGUCACAAAACACUCUGUUUCAUGUCAGGGUGCCAGCUCAGCCAACACAUCUCAGCCACCUCUCCAUGUCAAAGUAUGUGUGUGUGUGUGUGUGUGUGUGUGUGUAUGUUUGUGUGUGAGAGACAGAGACAGAGAGAUAGAGAGAUUAAGAGUGAUAGAUAAAAAGGCGGUUCAAAGUCAGAGAUUGACAUAGAUGUAUGUAUGUUUCUGAUUUGCACUGUUCUUCUACCUUGGAUCAUUUGAGAAUGCCAGUUUUCCACAGGCUCAUUUUACUUCAUUCAUUACUUCAUUCAUUCCAUUCUCACGCCUCACCUUUGACCUCUGAAUUUUCUUCCCAGAGAAAAAAAUUGAAAUUCCUGUGUUGAUGCGUUCUUUCGUGUUGCUCUGCAAAACAGAAUUGCGUCAUCCUGCCAAGAAAGAAGCGAAUGAUCUCAUACUGUAGAUCUACAUACGUACAUGUGGUAUGUAGUGUUUUUUCAUGUGUGUGUGUGUGUGUGUGUCCGCGCUGAAGGUAGAAUUUAAUCUUUGAUACUGUUAUCAGCUCCAUGGUGCUGGAGGACUGUUUGGAAGACCCACUGCAGCUCUGACCUACUUGUGUCAGUGUAUACGGGGCUGCAUGUAGACUGUUUUCCAUUGAGUGUGUGUUGUAUGUGUGUGCUUGGGAUAGUGUGUGUUUGAACUCUCUGUGGACUCGGGGAGUGUGAGAAGCUGGGUGUUUUGACAGCUUUAGAAUUGUUCCAGUACAGUGCUGAGGCAGGGGGUGUGCAGGCCUGUUGGAUAUUUGGGUGAGCUGUAGGGGUGAGAAUAGGGCCAGCGGAGGAGUGGACAGGAGGGGAUGAGAUGAAGGGAAGAAUUUCACUCCAAAGUGCUCUACGACCAUAACAUCAUACCUGCUAUUCAUUGCUUAAUACUAAAUAAAUGUAUGAUGUCUGCUAAAAUCAAUCCAUUCGAGCCCAAAGGUAACCAUAAUGUAAAGUAGAGAAUUUCACUGAAACACCUGUAAUUCAUACUUUGUAUGAACAGGUGUCACAUUUUAAAUAUGGUGUAUCGUUGAUUGCAAAAUGAAGGCCUACCUACAUGUUUGAUGAAGACUGAGGGGAAGGCAUUUACAGAGGUAAGAUGAAAGUAUUGUUAAAGGUAAAAAACGAUAUCCACAGGAUACCAAAUUGGGAUUUACUGAACUUGAACAAAAUAUUUUUUACCUAAAUAAACAAAUCCAAUCCUUCAAUAAAACUUGAGGAACAUUGGAUGGCGUUGAAUAUACUGCAGAGUAAACUGAGUAUUUGUCUAAGCAGCAGGACAAUCCUUGUUGAGGUAGUUAUGCCAAAGAAUGAUCUCAGCUCAUUCUCCCAACUUUAAUCUCACCAAAGUGUAAAAGCAAUGGGAGUGGACUUCCCACACAGUUAAUAAAAGAGCGAUAAAGCUCAAAAACACAGCCACUCAGUCCUCUCUGUACUAUAGCUGAAAAGGCCAGACAUAAGCUCAGCCUGUGGUGCUUGAGAGUUCUCUCACAAGUACACCUCUCCACAUUUCUGAGCCCGCUCAGUGCCAGUGCUGUUGAACCCCUGCUUUCUCCAGCAGCAUUCCGGUCCAUCUUUCAUGCUGUUUCAUUCUGGCCAUGCCAGCCAGGUCAGGGGCCAGAGUUUUCUCAGGCCUUCAAGACAGCACUGGACAAAUAGAUAUACAAAAAAAACAUCUCCACUUAGUUGCACAUUAAAAUCUUGUUCACGUAACUGUGGUGUUGUUGCUGGUGUUAUUGCAUGUUGUGUGCAAGAACAUACAUGAAAACACAAGAGUUUGUGGAGACAGACUAAGGAGAAAAAUGGUCAAGUAAUAGAUUUGUGGUCUUUGACUCUAAGCAUAUAGAGUGGCAGCCACUGUUGAUCUGCACAAGGAUAUGUCACACAGACGAGGCUAGGGGCAGUGGCCUUGAGUGUCAACACUGACAUUAAUUAUGUAGCAAAGAGGGCAGCUUAUACUGUCUUUGUUCCAGAGAAGUCAGUACCAAAUUCUACCAGUAGAUGUCCGUCUUCAGUCUUCCACAGUCACGAAAGGAAGUUGGUAAGAUCAGACUGUCCUCGGGUCCCCACAUGGCCAAACACUGCAAAACGUCCAAAAUGAAUUGUAAGAUAAAAUGCAAUCUAAUACAAAAUGCAUUUUCUCUUUCUUAUCUGGAAUUGCACAAUGAAAGGCAGAUGGACUCAGAGGAAGGUUCAUGUCUUUAAAACAUGCCUGGGCAAAGCCUUGAGUUGGAUAAUAUAACAUUUACAAAGUGAGGUAUUUUACCUCCUGGCAACAUGGCGACAUUCACUACUCUGAUAUAAUUUAGCUUAACAUUCCAGAAGGUAAUUCCCUGACAUCGAGAUCUUGAAAAAAAUGUGAGGGGCAAAGGGCUGGGUGUUUUCCACAUCAAUCCAUGAUCUGCCUUUUCUUUCUUGGCUCCUGUCUUUUGUAGGAAUAAAUAAGUGUUGCUAUGUGGUAUCUAGUUGCUAUGAACACCCAGAAUAACCACAGAAGAGAAACUCUCCAUUGCCUAUGAGUAACAACUAAACUAUUGCAUCAUUCAUCUGGAUAGGGAAUGACUAAUGUGUAUGCGCAAGGAUUAAAGGAUAAAUUAAGCUAACAUAAGAUGGAUAUUUAUACUUUUGCACAUUUAUUUUUACAUAUUUUGUUAAAUGUUUGCCAUGCUUUUUUAAAAAGUGCUUUAUCCCUCGUGUUUGAGUAAUAAUGGGAGUCAUAAGGAAAGAGAGUCUCCAAGGAGCACAGUGGUGGACGUGAAUGUUCCACCACCAAAAAGCAGCAUGCUUUCCGGAAUGUAUUGAGUUAACAGGAUGGAACGAGCACGCGUUCGGGGCGUAUCAUUCCUGUAUCAUUACAGGAUACGAUUGGCUCUUAAAUCCUAAUCUCUUAUGAGACCUUAAAGUGCUCUUCAGCUCCAGCAUCUGACACAUACGGUCUUAAAUACAAGCUGUUUGUAGUGUUCAGCCACUUCUGUUGGGUGAUAUUUAUGUUAAAGAAAGCAAUUAGACGGCUGUUCUCUAGUCCCGAGUCACACAUCAAAGUACAAAUUGAAAAUGCAAGAGAAAAUGUAAACGCCAGGGGUUGAAUGUAAUGUUGAAAUGAAUGCACACCCCAAAUAUUUUACAAUAUAAAAUGUCUUUACUAUUAAUGUCUUCUAGUCCACCCCUAAAUGUCACGGACGUGCAGCUGAGGUACCUAUUACAGUGGAUGUGCCUUAAGGGCGUGGAUUUACGCCAAAUGAAUAUUUUUCUGACAGCACUUGAACGCAGCACAAAAUGAGACGCUUGAAUUGUGUAGUGACGCGCAGUCGUGGAGGCGUGCCUCAACUGAAAUCAGCUGGGGGAAACAACAACAGAAAAGGAGGUGGCUCAGACCAGAAACAUCUUUAGGCCGGCUAUGUUUACAUUCCACCCUAAAAAGCGUCCAAUUAAAAUCACAACAGCAUUGCAUCAGGUCUGCAACAGCGAGUCGAUACUUAUUGAGGACUGUGAGACGCUGGAUUGAGAAGGCAGCUAAGGGGAAGUAAGAGGAGAGGAUGUGACAGGGCACCUGCUCUGCAGACAAAUGUGCUCUUAUACAAACAGCGAGACCACCGCGAACACCUUUUCAUUCUCCGCGCGUCUUUGUCCGGUUUGAGUGACCGGGCUGAACCACCGGCAGAGUGGCAUGUGGGUCAAUUCCGGAACCGUCGGAAGGGCCCUCUCCAUGGAUAUAGACACAGACUAUGAGCGGCCCAAUGUGGAAACCAUUAAAUGUGUGGUGGUAGGGGAUAAUGCAGUAGGUAAGACCAGGCUAAUCUGUGCCCGGGCCUGCAAUGCCACCCUCACACAGUAUCAGCUGCUUGCCACCCACGUGCCAACCGUCUGGGCCAUCGACCAGUACCGUGUAUGCCAGGAGGUGUUAGAGAGAUCUCGUGAUGUAGUGGAUGAGGUCAGUGUGUCCCUGAGGCUGUGGGACACCUUCGGGGAUCAUCACAAAGACAGACGAUUUGCCUAUGGCAGGUCUGACGUAGUGGUGCUUUGCUUCUCUCUGGCUAAUCCCAAUUCCCUGCGCCAUGUACGCACCAUGUGGUUCCCGGAGAUCAAGCACUUUUGUCCCCGGACGCCCAUCAUUCUGGUUGGCUGCCAGCUGGACCUGCGCUAUGCCGACCUUGAUGCAGUUAACCGUGCCCGGCGACCCCUAGCCAAACCAAUCAAACCUACCGAUAUCCUUCCCCCAGAGAGAGGCCACGAGGUGGCAAAGGAACUUGGGAUUCCCUACUUUGAGACCAGUAUUGUUGCCCAGUUUGGAGUCAAAGAUGUCUUUGACAAUGCCAUCCGAGCCGCCCUCAUCUCCCGUCGUCACCUGCAGUUCUGGAAGUCCCACCUGAAAAGGGUCCAGAGGCCCCUUCUCCAGGCGCCAUUCCUGCCUCCUCGUCCGCCUCGCCCCAUAGUGGGCAUCCCCGACCCGCCUCCCACAGACGGCGAGGGCCCUGAUUCCCUUUUCUGCCAGCCACUGUGUACAGAUGUUCUUUUCCUUCUGCACGGUGGUGCCACACAUGUAUUUGCACACAAAGUAUAUCUGGCAACGUCCUGCUCCAAGUUCUAUGACCUCUUCACCCUUGAUCUUGGUGGAUCAUGCAUGGGGCCAUGGUGGGAGGAACAGGAGAGCAAGGAAAACUUGGAGAGUGGAGAGGAAGAGGAGCAGAGCAGGAGAGGAGCCAAGGAGCAAGCUGGGCGCACUAAGAGCCUGGACAUUGAUAAAGACGGGGUAGAUGGAGGAGUGCGGGGCCUGAAUCGACCCCAGUUGCUCCAGCAGGGCUCUUUGAGGACUUCCCAGAGUGAUAAUGCGCUCCCCUCUCGAGCCCACUACUCCAUGGGAGCACUGGGGACUGGUCGAGCACUUUCAGGAUGGGGAAGGGGGUUCCUGAGUGUGUGUCUGGAGCAUGUUGAUGAUCCCAUGACGGGACGACCACGACUCAUGACUGUGGUAGCCAUGGAUGCGCUUAUACAGGAAGAGCCAUUCAAGGCGGUGCUUCAGUACCUGUACACGGGCAGUCUGGACGAGGGCCGAGGGGAUCUGAUGCAGGUGGCCACCAUCGCAGAGCUGCUUGAGGUGUUUGACCUGCGAAUGAUGGUGGCCAAUGUUCUCAACAGAGAGAGCUUCAUGAACCAGGAGAUCACCAAGGCUUUCCACGUCCGCAGAGCCAACCGCAUCAAGGAGUGUCUCAAUAAAGGCGCUUUUUCUGAUGUGGUGUUUCGACUGGACGAUGGCUGCCUCCCGGCCCACAAGCCCCUGCUCAUCUCCAGCUGCAGCUGGAUGGCUGCCAUGUUCCGAGGCUCUUUCAUGGAAAGCUACAUCGAGGAGGUAUCCAUUCCUAACACCACUGCAGCCUGUAUGCGCGGGGUGUUGGAGUUCCUGUAUUGCAGUCUGCUGACACCCUGUCCUGGUCUGGAGCCCAUAGAACUUAUUAUUCUGGCCAACCGUCUGUGUUUGCCACGCCUAGUCGCCCUCACAGAACAGCAUGCUGUGGAUGAGCUUCUCCAGUUGACAGCAAAAGGAGGUGACAUUGAUGAACAAGUGUUGGCUUACCUCGAGCUUGCACAGUUCCACAAUGCCAAGCAACUAUCAGCUUGGUGUCUCCAUCACAUCUGCACUAAUUAUAACAGCAUCUGCCGCAAGUUUCCCAAAGAGAUGAAGGUCAUGUCUGCAGAAAACCAGAAGCACUUUGAGAAGCAGCGCUGGCCUCCUGUGUGGUUCCUGAAGGAGGAGGACCGCUACCUGCGCUCUCACAAGGAGCGUGAGCGCGAGGAGGAGAUCUUGCGCAAGCAACACACCAAACGGGGCUGGUGUUUCUGGAAGCACCCGUCCUCCUCUCCGCACGUCUCCUAAACGGUUUCGUCCACUAACAUCCUACCCAGGAUGAUUAAUCCCCGCCCCCCCCCAGCAUACAGAGGAGGUCGACAUUGAACCCUCUAUUAUCAGUAGAUAAAUGACUCUCAGUGCUACUAUGCCUGAAUGUCAGCAUGUUUGAGGGAAUGUAUGUGCCUCUUUAUAAUUGUGGGUGACUUCAUGAGUGCAUUUUGGUAUAUGCUCCUGUGUGGACUUAACUGAAGGUUAUGUGCGUGGAUGUGUGAGUGUAUGUUUGCCGUUGGCAUGACUGAGUGAUGCUUCCGAGUUGAGUGCUUCCCAGACUCCCUGAUCUAUAAGGGCAUGCAGCGUUGCAGUGCACCCCCUUGUCCCCUCCACAAGAGCUCUGUCCCUCCAUCAGCACUCACAGUGUCCCAGCCUUUGGGUGAUUGGACUGGGAGCAAGGGCUCUCUAUUUCUCUCAGUCUCCUUCCUUCACAUUGACCUUAAUGACUA